GUAGGUUGCACAGCUAUGUUUUUACUUGCCCUGUGUUUUUCGGACAGCAAACUUCAGAAUUCAGGUGAAAUGUUCUUUUUGCAAUUAAUCCAUUUCAUAACAGUGCUGAGUCUAGUAAAACUUGAGGAAAACUGUGAAAAUAGGUCAUGCCAUCCUGUAAUUGGAGAUCUCUUACUGGGACGGAGUAAGCAACUCUCUGCUUCUUCCACAUGUGGUCUAGAUGGACCUCAGAAAUACUGCAUUAUUAGCUAUCUUGAGGAUGAUCAAAAAUGUUUUCAUUGUGAUUCAAGAGGCUCAUAUGAUCCUUAUGACAAUCCCAGUAGUCAUUUAAUUGAGAAUGUGAUAACGACUUUUGAACCUGAAUGGAAAAAUAAAUGGUGGCAAUCAGAAAAUGGUGUUGACCAUGUUAGUGUCAGACUGGACUUGGAGACAUUAUUUCAGUUCAGCCACCUUGUUUUGACAUUUAAGACUUUCCGCCCAUCUGCCAUGUUGGUUGAAAGGUCAAGAGAUUUUGGGAAAACAUGGAAAGUAUUUAAGUAUUUUGCCCAUAACUGUGAUACUGCUUUCCCUGGCAUACCGAAAGGCCAUGCUGAUGAAGUGGGAGAUGUAAUUUGUGAUACAAGGUACUCUGAUAUAGAGCCAUCUACUGAAGGAGAGGUGGUUUUAAAAGCAUUGGAUCCCAGCUUUCUCAUUGAAGAUCCUUAUGACCCAUACAUCCAAGAUCUAAUUACAAUAACAAACCUUAGAAUAAAUUUUACUAAACUUCACACCCUUGGUGAUGCAAUAAGCAACGAGUGGCAAGAUGAAAUAGAAGAAAAAUAUUACUAUGCAAUCUAUGAGAUGAUUGUUAGAGGAAAUUGCUUCUGCAAUGGUCAUGCACGUCAAUGUGUUCCUCUACAAAAUAUGCAAGCAGAUGUGGCCAGUUAUCCUGAAAUGGUUCAUGGGAGAUGUGUCUGUCAGCAUAACACAGAUGGCGUAAACUGUGAAAAAUGUAAAGAAUUUUAUAAUGAUACUCCAUGGGCUCCAGCUGUUGCCUUUAACGAUAACGCCUGCCGGAAGUGUAACUGCAAUGGGCAUUCAGAAAAAUGUCAUUUUGACAUGGCUGUAUAUCUAGCAAAUAACAGAGCCAGUGGUGGAGUUUGUGAAGACUGCCAAGACAAUACCAUGGGAAAUCAAUGUGAACUGUGUAAACCAUACUUUUACCGGAAUCCUGUCCAUGAUGUAGCCGACCCAUAUGCUUGCAUCCCCUGUGAUUGUGAUGAAAAUGGAAGCCAGGGUAAUGGAUUAUGUCAAAGUCAAACAAAUCACAGAACUGGAACCCUGGCUGGUGCAUGCUUGUGCAAGGAAAAUGUGGAGGGCAUCCGCUGUGACCAGUGUAAAUCUGGUUACUUUGGGCUGAGUGCCAAUGAUCCAUUGGGCUGUCAGUACUGCAACUGCAAUCCAUUCGGAAGCCUAAAGUUCUCAGUCUGUGAUACAGUUACCGGUGAAUGUCAAUGUCAACAAUUUGCAACAGGUCGAUACUGUGAAGAAUGUAUUCCUGGUUACUGGGGGCUUGGAAAUAGCCUACAUUCCUGUACACCAUGUAACUGUGAUAUUGGUGGAGCACGCAGUGAUUUAUGCUCCCAGAGUAAUGGUCAAUGUGACUGUCGCCCUAACAUGAAUGGCCGCCAUUGUAAUCAGCCUAAACCAGGUUACUAUAUUAUACCACUUGAUUACUACUUCUAUGAAGCAGAAAAUGCACUGCUUCUCGCCAAACCUGAAAACAUAGUUAGUUCAACUCCAAUACCAAAAUGCAAAGAUUAUUUUGAAAAACAAGGAAUUGACUUCAGGUUUGAGAAUGGCAGAAUAAUACUAACAAACAUGACUAAGCAAAGUUUAACUGAGAGGACAUACAUAAAGGAGAUUUUUCCCUUUUCUACUAAUGGCUUUGCAGAGGUGGUGCUUCGACAGCCUACUCCCAGAAGUGAUAUAACUUGGACAGGCCCUGGUUUUGCACGUGUCCUUAAUGGGGCUGGAUUGAGGUUUACUGUGAACAACAUUCCCUACCCAAUGGAAUUUGUAAUUGCGAUACGCUAUGAACCUGAGAUUCUGGAAGACUGGACUGCCAGAAUUGUGGUAAACUCGCCAAAAGGAGAAGCAAGCGAACACUGCAGAAAUAGCAAGCCUCUUGACGGCAGAGAUUCAUUACUUCUGAGUGCCACAUCUAGAUUAGCCUUGCUGAACACCUCAGUAUGUCUGACUCCAGAGACUGAAUAUUCAGUAGAUGUUUAUUUAACUCAGGAAUCAAAUUCUGACUCAAAUAGCUAUAUAUUAAUUGAUUCGCUUGGACUGAUACCCCAAAUUAACUCGAUAAAAAAGCUGUGUAACCAAGCAGAACUGGAUGAGUACGACAAGUACAACUGCAUUGAAAUGGCAUCUGAAAUAGGAACAGAAAUACUUCCUAACGUGUGUGAGAGGCUCAUUGUAAGCAUGUCUGCACGCAUACAUAAUGGGGCUGUCAAAUGUAGCUGUAAUAUUGAUGGUUCUUUAAGCCCUAUCUGUAGCAAAUUUGGAGGUCACUGUAACUGCAAGCCUAAUGUUGCUGGCCGGUGUUGUGACAGGUGUGCUGUGGGCAGCUUUGGCUUUGAUUCAGAUGGUUGCAAAGAGUGCAAUUGUGAUACUAAAGGUUCAGUAAGCCCUUUAUGCGAUCAAGUGACUGGUCAGUGUGUUUGUCGAGGUGAGAUACAUGGCCGCCAAUGUGACAGCUGCCUACCUGGAUAUUAUGGAUUUCCAAAUUGCCAGCCCUGCCAAUGUAAUGGCAAUUCAGAGAUUUGCGAUCUAGUUACUGGAGCCUGUCUAGAUUGCAAAGGAUUUACAAAUGGAACAAACUGUGAAAGAUGCCAGAAUAAUUACUAUGGAAAUCCUGUUCUGGGACAGUCUUGUCGUCCAUGUAUGUGUCCAGAUUCUCCUAAUAGUAACCGGUAUUUUGCACAUUCCUGCCACCAAGACCCUGAUAGUGCGGAAAUGGUGUGUAGUUGCUUGAGUGGUUACACAGGAAAUAACUGUGAAGCAUGUCCCCCUGGAUUUUAUGGUAAUAUGGAAGAAUUUGGCGGGCGCUGCUUACCCUGUCAAUGUAACAACAAUAUUGAUGUAACUAAUCCUGAGUCCUGUGAUAAAGUCACUGGAGAAUGUUUGGAAUGUUUAUACAACACUUAUGGAGCGAACUGUGAGUCAUGUUUACCUGGCUACUUUGGUUCUCCUCUGCUUCAGAACUGUAGAAAAUGUAUAUGUAAUCCUGUGGGGACCAAUGUAGAGAACUGUUCAGUGUAUGAGGAGAUUGGUGAAUGUGUAUGUAAUAAGACUACAGGCCAAUGCCCAUGCUUGCCUAAUGUGAUUGGAACAAACUGUGACAAGUGUGCAUCUGGAUACUGGGGGAUGUCCAAUGGAAAUGGAUGUCAACCUUGUGAUUGUUACUUAAACAACUCAUUUGGAAUCCAGUGCAAUCAGUUUACAGGUCAAUGUUUAUGCAAGCCAAAACAUACAGGGAAAAAGUGUAAUGAAUGUGAAGAAAAUCACUUUGGAGAUGCCAAAUACCAAUGCUUACCUUGCAAGUGUAACUUGGAGGGUACCAUCCGGCCAAUGUGUGAUAAAGUCACUGGCUCAUGCAUUUGUAGGCCUGGAGUCACUGGAAGAUAUUGUGACCAGUGUGCUCCUAAAUUCCAGCAACAGUUUCCAGAAUGUCCUCAAUGUCAUAUGUGCUUUGAACCAUGGGACUCAGAAGUAACAUCUCUUUCUGAAGCCAUCCAUGGCCUUAUUCGACUUGCUGCAAACAUAGGCCCCAAGAGACCUUCCCAACUUGGGUGUGAUAUACAAAUGAGCAUACUUCAAAACAAACUUUCUAUCAUAGAGAAUGCUUUCAAGAGUCCCAUUAUUUCACCUCAGAAAUACUCACAGGUGAAAAGUUAUUACGACACCAUUCGACAAAAGGUUAGGAAAGUCCUCAUUUCUGAUGUUGAACCAUUCAGCAAGAUUCCCAGACUUAACAAAACUAUAAGCAUUGUGGAAAAAGAGGUUAAUGAUUUGUUUAAGGAGCUGGAAAGAAUAAAGAAGAUUAAAGAGGGAGAAACAACAAUUAAGAGGAAAGUUUUUAUAGCUGCUUUUGAUAAGAUCAGCGAACAUUAUUCAACAUCAGUUUUGGCUGGAGAGAAAUUACGCAAUGCUACCCGCACCACCCAGGCAGUUACCAAAACUAGAAAACACAUUCUUACUAUAUUAGAUAACCAAGAAGCAAAACACAAACAAAAUGCAGAGAUGUUAAAGAAAAUGAAAUCUCUGGAUAUAAGCAAAAUGAAUGAAAUGGUUUGUGGAGCGGUUUGGGAUUUUCCCUGUGAUAUUGCACCUUGUGGAGGAGCACUCUGUCGGGACAAGUCAGGAAAGAGAAAAUGUGGUGGGCCAAACUGCAAUGGAGCUUUGCCUCUAGCCAAAGAUGCACUGAAAACUGCAAAUGACACAGAUUUGAAGCUACGAAAUUUGUCAGUUCAUUUCCUUGAGGCUGAGAAACAGAUUAACAGUAUAAGAUAUCUAGCAGAAGAUACGAAGAUGAAAGCAUCACAACUGGAUAAAAAACUAAGCAAAGCCAUGAAUCGAUUGGAAGCAGAUAAAAUGCGGGCAAAAGAGCUAAUUAAAAAUGUUAAAGAUUUUCUGUUAGACAGCAUACCUGUGUACCCUUGCCACAGAAGUCUACAGGGAGGAAGUAUCCCUAAGACACCACAGGAAGUAGAUGCUACAAUAUCUCCUGAAGAUAUAGAAAACGUAGUGAACCAAAUUCUUGCCAUUAAGCUGCCUGCGGCUCCAUAUGAUUUAAUUGACAUGCUAAGUAAGAUCAAGAAAUAUUGUGAUAGCUACCAGGAAAAUAAGAAGAGUUUGCAAAACCAACUAGAAGAGGUUACAAAACUUAACCAAAGAGCAAAGGAAGCUAGAAACCUAGCUGAAACUCUCCCAAACACUGAUGAGAUAUGGAAUACUUUAAAAAUGGCAGAAGACUCUCAGAAAAAAACUUCAUCUGUCCUGAAAAGUAUAAAUAAUGAUCUUCAGGAUAUCAGAAAUAAGCUUUUAGAGGCUAAAUCCCAGGCGGAUUUGACAGAGGAUAGAAUGGAGGUUAUUAAUGAUCUCUAUACUCAGCUAGAAACAAAGAUAGCAGAGCUACAGGAUAAGAUGCUGAAAAAUAGAAACAGUGCUGCAAAAGCAGAGAAUGAAGCCAAGGCUGCAUUGCAGGAAGCAAUAGAAAGUGAAAAGAAUCUUAAUAAUCUUAAACAGAAAUAUGCAUUUCUCAAAGAGAAGCUGAAGAAAAAAGAAAUUCCCCCAGAAAUAUUAGAAAGACUGCAACAGUUGAAAAAACAAGCUGAAGAUUUAUCUAAAGAAAUUGAUAACAAAUUUCAAAGUAUAUCAGACUUGGAACAGAAGAUUGAUGAACUGAAUAAAACAAAUCAAGAAAAGGCUAAUCAAUUAAAAGGACUAGAGAAUCAAGCCAUAAAGCUGAAAAAUGACAUUGUUCAUGUAGAGACUACAUAUUCUACUUGUUAAGCAUAAAAUAGUCUUAUGAUCCAAUGAAA